AUGUCGACACUCAUUGCGAAUUGUGCCUUUGCGCCCAUCUUGUGUUCAAAUGCAGAGUGUGGUAUGGAGAUUAAUAAACCGGACAAGGUUUAUCACGAGACUGAAGUUUGUGAAUAUAGGAAAGUGAAAUGUCAUGACUGUGGACAAAUACAGGAAGUUGUUGGAAGGACGUUUGGUCGAGCUGGUGAACAAAGACGUGGACAAAGUCAAA